UCCUUUUGGAAUCCCAGUCGCUCACACUCACUGCACAAUACAGUAGGUCAGCCGAGGCUGCUGAAAGUCGACUAACAGCGUAACGCGUUUCUGACCCCAACACGAAAAAAAAGGCAGGUUGCUUGACACCAUGCUAGUCACCAAAGGCCCUCUGAUUUUCACAACAGUCCUGUGCAUAUCUACAGGUGUUCUGUGUCAGCAAAACUACAAUGUGACGUAUUCCUCUACCAGCAUCUGUGGUUUAAAGGGGUCAUUUGUGGACAUGUCCUGCACUUACUCAUAUCCAAGCGAUCGUCAAAUAAGAGAAACAUUCUGGCACAUCAAUUGGUUAUCUGAGAUACCAACAGACUUGAGUCUGGAUUCCAAAUAUCAGGGGCGUGUGGAAUAUCUUGGGGAUAAAGUGAACAACUGUAGUCUACGAAUCAAGGAUCUGAGAGAGAGUGACAUUAAGGAAAAAUACAGAUUCAGGUUGAGAACUGAUGACCCAAAGGGAACAUUCUCUGGAUCGGAGGUCUCUCUGUCUCUUACUGACCUUCAUGUAACAGUAAAUCCAGCAACAGUGAGGGAGGGCGACAGAGUGACACUGACCUGCAGCACCACCUGCAGUCUGAGUAACAACCUCACCUACAUCUGGUACAGGAACACACAGCCUCUGAGUAACAUACACACAACCAGCAGCAACACCCUGUCCAUACCCUCAUUUAGAACAGAGGAUAAUGCCAAUUACUCCUGUGCUGUAAGAGGACAUGAGGCUCAGCCAUCACCAUCUGUUUUUGUCCAGAGUUGGCAAGACUACAAUGUGACGUAUUCCUCUACCAGCAUCUGUGGUUUAAAGGGGUCAUUUGUGGACAUCCCCUGCACUUACUCGUAUCCCAGCAAUCGUCAAAUAAGAGAAACAUUCUGGCACAUCAAUUGGUUUCCUGAUACACCAACAGACUUGAGUCUGGAUUCCAGAUAUCAGGGGCGUGUGGAAUAUCUUGGGGAUCACACAAAUAACUGCACCCUACGAAUCAAGGAUCUGAGCGAGAGUGACAUUAAGGGAAAAUACAGAUUCAGGUUGAGAACCGAUGACCCAAAAGAAACAUUCUCUGGAUCCGAGGUCUCUCUGUCUCUCACAGAUCUUCAUGUAACAGUGAGUCGAGAAUUUGUGUCAGCGGGAGAGAAGGUGACACUGACCUGCAGCAGCAUCUGCAGUCUGAGUAACAACCCCACCUACAUCUGGUACAAGAACUCACAGCCUCAUAAACACACAGCAGAUAACAGGCUGGCAAAAGACUCCGUCAGCGCUGAAGAUGCAGGUGAAUACUCCUGUGCUGUUCAGGGACAUGAGAUUCACAGUUCACCUGCACAGACUCUCAGUGUCAGAUAUGGCCCAAGACACACGUUAGCAUCAGUCCAUCCCUCUGGUGACCUGGUGGAGGGCAGCUCAGUGACUCUGACCUGCAGCAGUGAUGCCAACCCACCAGCACACCGAUACGCCUGGUAUAAGGAAACUGGAAAUCAAUCUUCACAAGUUGGAUCAAGUCAGAAUUACAGCCUUGCGGACAUCAACUCUGGACAGAGUGGACGCUAUUACUGCGUGGCAGAGAACGUGAUCGGACAGAACAGAUCUUCAGUGGUGGAGCUAAAUGUAAAAUAUGCUCCAAAAAACACCUCAGUAUCAGUCAGUCCCUCUGGUGAAAUAGAAGAGGGCAGUUCAGUGACUCUGACCUGCAGCAGUGAUGCCAACCCACCAGUGCACACCUACACCUGGUACAAGAUGCUCGAAGAUCACACUUCACAAGUUGGAUCGAAUCAGAACCACAGUUUUGUCAACAUCAGCUCUGAGCAGAGUGGAAUCUACUACUGUGUGGCUGAGAAUGCGAUUGGGAAACGCAAUUCUUCAGCAGUACAGACAAAUGUUAUCUAUGCUCCAAGAAACACCUCAGUAUCAAUCAGUCCCUCUGGUGAAAUAGAAGAGGGCAGUUCAGUGACUCUGACCUGCAGCAGUGAUGCCAACCCACCAGUGCACAACUACACCUGGUACAGAAACAAGCAUGGGUCUGAACCUGCAUGGCUUGGACAAGGGCAGACUUAUAGCAUCACUAACAUUAGCGCUGAGCACAGUGGGCUUUACUACUGUAAGGCAGAGAACAAACAUGGAGUCGGUGAUUCCAAUACCACAUUGUUGGAUGUGCACUACUCCCCCAGGAUGACCUCAGCAUCACUCAACCCCUCUGGUGACCUUCAGGAGGGCGACUCAGUGACUCUGACCUGCAGCAGUGAUGCCAACCCACCAGUGCACAACUACACCUGGUACAGGAAGACUGGAGAUGAAACAGUUCUUCAGGGCACAGGGAGGAUGCUGAACCUCACUCUUAACCUCGUCCCUGGUGUGGAUGGACUUUAUUACUGUGAGGUGCAAAAUAAGGUCGGCUCAGAGAACUCAACCGGAGUCAGGGUCUCCUUGCCAGAUUCUGGCUUGCACAGAGGAUUCUUGUUUAGUGCUUUGGGGGUCAUUUCGGCUGUAGCUCUCCUGCUGGUGGUCAUUGUGUGCUGGAGGAGACAGGAGACUCAGUCAACAAAAACCUCAAGGAGCACAGACAGCAACACACAGGGACACUCUGAUCGUGUCUAUGGCAACGUUUCCACAAUCCCCAUGGUAUCUGGCUGUGGACAGGGAGUUCCUGCAGAUCACAAAGAUGAUGAAGAUGAUGUCCAGUACACCAGUGUCCAGUUUAAGCCCAACAAACAGCGAGAGGCGCCCAGCCAGGAGGAGAAAGUCGAGUAUGCCAGUGUCCAGUUUAAGUCCAACAAACAGCAGGACGUGCCCAGCCAGGACGAAGACAUCCAGUAUGCCAGCGUCCAGUUUAAGCCCAACAAACAGCGGGAGGUGCCCAGCCAGGAGGAGAGAGUUGAGUACGCCAGUGUCCAGUUUAAGUCCAACAAACAGCAGGAAGUCCCCAGCCAAGAGGACAACGUCCAGUACGCCAGCGCCCAGUUCAGGAAGUCUAAACCAGAGUCCAACGUCCCUGAGCCGCCUCUGUCUGGCUCAUCACAGGAGGAGACCCAGUAUGCCUCAGUGAAUCUGCAGGGACUCAGUGCUGCCACCCAGUGA